CUCAAUUGUGCGCUUCAAUCUGGGGUGAGCAGUCUUCAAAAGCCAGAUGAUGAUGAUGCAAACCCUCUUCAGGAGCCGCAAAUGACUGUUACUGGACCGUCGGAUUCUGAUGCUCCAUCCUCACUCUCCAUCUUCAUUGACGAUUUCUCAGCUCUUUACAGCCUUGACCUGACCUCGCAGCACAUGGCUCGCUGCUACCGGCUUGUGCAUAGGUAA